AUGGACUGGGAAACGUCUAUUAAACGACGAGAUCUUUUUAGAUUUAUACGUUUUAUAAUGUAUUACGCUUACAUGCAUUCGUUUCAUUUGGAACGCUGCUUACCUGAGAACCUGUAUGAUCUUGGCGUCUUGUUGGAAUUAAUUUGGGAAAUAUUUCUCUAUUUUGUCGCUAUACAUAUUGUGAUAUUGUACAUGUGCACAUUCUAUUUGAAUUAUCACAAGGGAGACCUGGAAUUAUUGGUUAAUUGUGUGAUGCAAAUAAUUAUUUAUUUAUGGAGCAUCAUUGUGAAAGUGUACUUUCGUCGCUUGCAAUCCAAAAGGCUGGAGGAUUUAAUUGAUUUUAUAAAUUUAAACUACAAAACACGUUCGGCCAUUGGAUUUACGUACGUGACUAUGGACGAUAGUUGGCUCAUGGCGUAUAACUGGACUAAACGAUAUGUUUACUGUUGUUUCCUUGGCACCACAUUUUGGCUCAUUUUACCCAUUGCUUAUGGCGAUCGUAGUCUGCCCUUAGCCUGUUGGUAUCCAUUCGAUUAUAAGCAACCGUUCAUUUAUGAAACCAUGUAUUUACUUCAAUCUGUUGGCCAAAUACAAACGGCAGCUGCAUUUUCUGCCUCGAGUGGUUUUUAUAUGACCUUGUGCAUUGUAAUAUCUGGACAAUAUGAUGUUUUAUUUUGCAGUCUAAAGAAUAUUCUAGCAACUGCUGCUAUAAAUAGGAAACACAAAAUUGAAGUAAGGGAACUCUACGUAAAACAGACAUUUGCAGCAGCCGAAAUCAAUGAAUUCUAUUGUUCCAAGGAAAUAACCUGCGAUAUUGAUACUCUAGUUCGCGCUAUUAAAAAUGGAAAACGACAAGAUUUUCACUGCCACUUUCGUAAUGCUCUUAAGAAAUGUGUUGACCAUCAUCGCUAUAUUAUGAAGUGUUUAAAUAAAAUGGAAGACUUCUACAGUCCUAUAUGGUUUUUCAAAACGGGCCAGGUUGUAUCCCUAAUGUGUUUGGUGGCAUUUGCAGCGGUGAAAACUAUCAAUGGUAAUUCAUCAUUUAUGAAGAUUAUAUCAUUGGGACAAUAUUUGAUGUUGGUCGCCUUAGAACUUUUGAUUAUUUGCUAUUUUGGUGAGGUAAUUUUCAUUAACAGUCAACGAUGUGGCGAAGCUCUACUCAGAAGUCCUUGGUACCUUCAUAUGUGUGAAAUGAAAUAUGAUUUCAUUUUCUUUGUACUCAAUUCCAAGAGGUCAUUUCAAUUAACAGCUGGCAGAAUGUAUGCCUUAAAUGUUGAAUGUUUUAAAAGUAUUCUUUCAACAGCUUUCUCAUUUUUGACUUUGUUGCAGAAUAUGGAUCAACGUAGAGAAGGAAAACAACACUGA